AUGCUUAUCAUCUCUGCAGCGUGGAAGUCUGAGAGGCCAAAGAAACGAAAGGGCCAAGAUGAGAAUCUUCUGGUAGGUGGAGAAAAAGCUACGGAGGAUGAAGAUGAAGUGGUAGAGGCCCAGCCGGUGAAGCGCAAGAGAGGCUCCAAGACUGCUACAGCUAGAGUUGCCAAGGAAAUGAAGUCAGCGCAAGCGACUAACAAGCAGAACAAACAGGGCAAGAAACCGUUCAAAGUGUAUAGCAUGAUGUACUCACAUUGGUUGUCUACAACAGAGAAGGCAGCCGCGCAAGCAGCCAAGAAGAGCCAGGGCAAGCAAAAUGCAAACAAACAAAAGCCGAGCACCAGCAGUCGUCCCACCAUCGAUCGUCGCUCUCUUCUCAAUGAUGACGAGCAUGCCCCUAACGUUGAGCAGGUCCCUCUGCCCCUGAAAGCUGUCAUGGUAUCUCAGCCAAAGAGGAAGAAGAACACCGAAAAUGACUCCAGAAUGGGAGCAAAGCCUGUUAAUGCACCUACCACUCGCAGUAAUGAAAGGCUUCCUGUAAUCAAUGAGGCAGGUUCUGCCACCAAGGUCGGCCAGAAGCCUAAAGUGGGCAAGCCCACCAAGCACUCCGAGGCCAAAAAUAACGAUGAAGACGAAGAUGAGCAAGACAAGGAAGACUUGGAGUCAUCGGGCUCUGAGUUUGCUGUCAAACUGGGGCUUGAUGAAGACGAAGAUGAAGAUGAGGAAGAAGAAGACGAAGAUGAAGAUGAAGGUGAUCUUGAGGAUGAGGAUGAGGAGGGAAGCAGGAGCGCAACCAUAACUACCAAGAGCAAAGACAAGAAGACAAACGGCCGUGCACAGAUGACAACGACAAGCCGUGCCUUGCAAGCCGAACUCGAGCGUCCUCGGUUCAAGACCAACAACUUUCCAACUGGUAAAGGAAGUACUACCACUCGGAAAGAAGGUGCUGUCACCACCAAUACUGCCGGAAAUGUCUCUGAACCCCAGGCCAACGACCAAGAAGCUGCUGCUCUCAGUGAGCAGCCGCCAGAUGCUGAUAUCACUGCGCUGGUCUUGAACGCAAAAGGUCAGUUAAAUCUCAGUAGCCAGCAGCAAUCAGUCACACGCGUCAUGAACCGCUUUCAUGAGGAAUGCAUCGCUGAUGCAGCCUUCAACUGUGGAAUCUAUCCCGUCUCUCUGCGGGUCCCAUCUCAGCUUGACCUUCUCAUUGGGGCUGCGACUAUCGAGGAUGUUCCAGAGAUAGCAGCAAAAGUGAUGGCUGAUCGUGACUAUGCUGCGAAGAUUAUUGCGUCGGGCGAGCAACACGUUGUGCUCAUACGCGGCAACCUCAAGGGGCUGUGCAAAUCCAGCGUGCCGAAGGAGUAUAGCCUCACCUCGGACAAGCCUGGUGACCAGACCAGGCCAUGCUUCCAUCGAGUCGGAGCCCUGGUACACGACCUUGGCUACAUCUUCCCUGGCGAUAUCAUGGGCCGCGUUGAUGGCAGUGCUCCAUUCAAGCGUCCGAUCUUUGCCGAGAUCAUUAAAGAGACUUUAUUCUCACCCUGCCGUGGCAAGCCUUCACUUGCAGUUGCUCACUCCGUCCGGUUUGUGUCAUCCAGCACUGAGAAGCCACUCGAGAAGGAAAUUCCCGUACCAAUGCUUGCUCUCGCGAGUGCUGCGAUCCGGCUGACUUUAGAUGACUGGGCAGGUGGUAUCGAGCCAGCGGAGGCCUCGAAAUACACCGCUGCCAAGGCCGAGGAAGAAUACAACAACGUCAUCGAGUUCUUCGACGACCUUCGCAAGAACCGUCCAAGAUUCUACCACCGCAUCCUUCAUCAAGUUUAUGUUGACGUCUGCUCCAGUGGUCUCGCUGCUACUCCGGCAUCCCAAAGAUCAAAGCAGGCCGUGCGUGGGGCGCUUGCGCGUCUCGUCUUUGAUGACUAG